AUGAAGUAUUCGAAUGCAACUGAUCCGAGAGACAAGAUCUAUGGGCUUUUAGGUCUCAUGCACGAAGCAGACCGUAAGAGCAUUCUUCUGCAGCCAGAUUACUCAAAGUCAGUCGUACAAGUAUAUGGCGAUGCUAUUCGACAAAUGAUUCGAGAAAACGAGGAUGACGGCGCGACCAAUCUGAACGAAGCUUUUCACAGUAUUGAAAGAUUCGAAGAUGAAGUCAUGGAUUUCCCAUCAUGGAUCCCUCGAUGGGAUCGACCAGCCAUGUUGAAACAGGUACGCACUGAUCCAGAUCCCAAAGUGCCCGUUCUGAAGGGCUUGAAAGUAGCCAGAGUACAGCACGUGUUCCCGUUGCAAAGAAAGUCGGGCAACAGCGAGUGGAUGAGAGGUAUCUGGAGAACAAUUUCAAUCCUUCUCGAUGCUGGUCCGCAUGCGGAGACAAAAGAAGCUGUAUUUCUCAACACUAUUGCAGGAGCGUAUGACGAAGAAUUCAUCAAAAAUGUUGAAGCGGCAAGUGGGGAUAGUUUAAAGCUCCUCUUGGAUAUGGUAUUCAUGGGCUGUGGAUUCGAUCUGGAGGCGUACAUGGAUCCCAAAUUGGUAGAAGACAUGAUGGAAGUCAAUCUUGACGCUUGCACAGUACUUGCUGUUAGCAUUCGCGAGUAUCCUUUUUCGUUGUUCAUUACAGAAGAUAACAACUUGGGAAUUGGUGCAAAAGCUGCGAAAGUGGGGGACACUGUUUGUGUUCUUUAUGGUGGAAAGCUUCCUUUCCUUCUCCGUCCAGCGGGAAGUUAA